AUGGCGACUGCUGCUGCUGCCGCUGCGGUGUCUGCCCCGACCGCUGCCCCCGCUGGCUGUGGAUCGAGUCCCGGGCCUGGUACGGAGCUGGUGCGGGGCCAGGCCUUCGACGUGGGACCUCGCUACAGUAACCUCUCCUACAUCGGGGAAGGCGCCUACGGGAUGGUCUGUUCCGCCUACGACCGCGACAACAAAAUCCGCGUGGCCAUAAAGAAGAUCAGCCCGUUCGAGCACCAGACGUACUGCCAGCGCACUCUCCGCGAGAUCAAGAUCCUGCUGCGCUUCAAGCACGAGAACAUCAUCGGAAUCAACGACAUCAUCCGCGCUCCGAGCAUCGACCACAUGAAGGACGUAUAUAUCGUCCAGGACCUGAUGGAGACGGACCUCUACAAGCUGCUGAAGACCCAGCACCUGAGCAACGACCACAUCUGCUACUUUCUCUACCAGAUCCUGCGAGGCCUCAAAUACAUCCACUCCGCCAACGUGCUGCACCGCGACCUCAAGCCCUCCAACCUCCUGCUCAACACCACCUGCGAUCUCAAGAUCUGUGACUUUGGCCUGGCUCGUGUUGCCGACCCGGACCACGACCACACCGGGUUCCUCACGGAGUACGUGGCCACGCGCUGGUACAGAGCCCCCGAGAUCAUGCUCAACUCCAAGGGUUAUACCAAGUCCAUCGACAUCUGGUCAGUCGGUUGCAUUCUGGCAGAGAUGUUAUCCAACCGGCCAAUUUUCCCCGGAAAACACUACCUGGAUCAACUCAACCACAUAUUGGGUAUUCUGGGCUCUCCCUCCCAGGAAGACCUCAACUGCAUCAUCAACAUCAAGGCCAGGAACUAUCUGUUGUCUCUGCCACUGCGCUGUAAAGUUCCAUGGAAUCGCCUCUUCCCCAACGCAGAUCCCAAAGCCCUGGAUCUUUUGGACAAAAUGUUGACUUUUAACCCUCACAAAAGGAUCGAGGUGGAGGAGGCUCUGGCGCACCCGUACCUGGAGCAGUACUACGACCCCACAGAUGAGCCCGUGGCCGAGGCACCGUUUAACCGGGGUUUAGGUCCUAACCCCGCCCACCCCACAGGCGUCUGUGGCUUCUGGAUCACGCUCCUCCCCGCCUCCGCUGCAUUGCUGUGA